UCAAGGCAUGGUAGUUGGGCGGUGAACUCACGUACGGAUGUUAUACCUAUUGAGCGUUUAUUAAUGCUAAUGAGGAAAGUUGGCAUUUAUGCCUGUUCGCGAAGUUGAGCAUAUUUUUGGAAGAAGCAGCCAAAUAUUGGUACAAAGCACUGCUCACGCUGUUGGACGUCGAUGUCAGCGUCAGUGUUUUGGCGCGCCUGUACGUAACUGGGAGGACAAGGAGUCAUCCUCUGUGAUGGCAAGCUUCACGCCUGUUUUCCAGAUCUCUGGGAUCAAGAUCCAAGAGAAGAAGAGAGUUCUGGUCCAUGGAAUCCAGCAGCUGGGUGGAAAGUACAUAGGUGGCUCAGUCUAUCAGCACGGCAGCACUCAUCUCAUAAUCCCUCAGGUUUUAUCCAGUGAGAAGUUUUUGGCGGCCUGUGCUGCAGGAAAGUGGGUUGUGACUCCCGACUAUGUGCUGGACAGUGUUAAGAAUGGUUCCUGGCUUGCAGAGGGACCCUAUGAAGUUGCUAUUUCCACAUGUAGCACGUCUGCCUUCUACCCUGUCAGGCAGUGGAGGGAGAAGGUGGCCCGUGGGAAGCUAACAGGGGCCUUCCAGGGCUGGAGGGUUCUCCUCAUGGUCCAAGAGCCAACCCGCAGGGCCAUGUUCAAACGGCUCCUAAAAGCAGGCAGGGCCAAAGUAUACCCCUACCCUCCUCCUUCUCAUGCCUCUAUUACUCAUGUCAUGGCUAAACCCAUCACAGAAGACUCAAUAUCCCACAAUGCUCCUUGCUACCCUGUAAGCCACAUUGUCCAGCACCUCUUUGGGAGCAAGUGUGUGGAUAUGAAGUUCAACAUAACGGAUGAUCAUCCAGCUGAGACGAAGAAGGCCAAUUUUGUUGAUGUUGAUUUCUCUAAGCUGGAGACAGAGCUCAGGGACUAUGUCAUCAAACAGGAGGGCCGGCCCAGACUGUGCUUCCUUGAAUUUCUGGGUUACCACGACCCGUACCGUCCACAGUCCCAGGCAACAGAAACAGACUUCAGCAAUGUUGGUAGCAUGAUAGAGUGUGGGCUCUUCAUUGAAGCCUUGGACUCAAUCAGAAGUGCAGUGUUCCCUGGCCUGCUGCCACCAGCGCCGUACCUGGUCUCCCUCUUAGAGUACGCACAGCAGGGAAACGCCACAUCUGUCUUCCUGACGAAUUUCCAGCAGGUCAUGUAUAACCUGCUCGUUACCAACCCUCCCUGGCUGGCUCCUAGCACAGUAAAAAAAUAUUUUGCCCAGGUGUUGCAGUGUCCUCGGUGUAAGACAGGACUGUGGCCUUUUCUAGAGACAGCCAUUAGUUACUGCCUGUCUAGUGAGUUCACUUGUCACCCACUCCCUGGACCUGCCCUGCCAACGCUGUUACAUUUCCAUAGUGACCUCCUGGGAUUUGUCCUCAAACUCUUCCAGGGGGAACUCUUCUCUAUCACCCCCGGGGAUUUUGUGCUGCCUGAGGGAACAGGAGUCUCUCAGGCUUCAACUUCAGGAUCUUUGCUGUAUGGAACCUUCUGGACUGUGUGGGAGCGCUCCACGCUGUUGUCCCGAGCUGUGAAACAACUAACUCAUCUCUUAGUACAGGCUGCCAUCGAGGACUACACUGAGAGGGGUGAGAAUCAGAAGCUGCAUUUGGCAGACACCCUGCUGGACCUCCUGUCCGUGCUGGUGGAGUUCUGGUGUCAGCAGCAUUUCAAACUGAACCAGAACCUAGUGGAAAAGGGCCUAAAAGACUUUGCAGAGCACUUUGCUGUUAUCAGCCAAGAUGUGUCUCCGGUAGUUGUGGCAGAGCUGGUUGUCAGGAUUCGUUCUACCAGACUGAAGCUGGUGAUGGCUGAUGCGACAUUCAGGAGUCUUUGCUGCAGAAAUGGAUUCACAGUUGGAGAUGAACGCCUCUCUCUCAAGAAAAUGGUGCUGUCCUACCUGCCUGCUCUGGGGAGUUUGGCUCACAGUCCCACUGGUGCUCGCCUCAGGACUGGACCCACCUCGCACAGCUGCAGUUCUCGGAGUCCUUUAGUGAAUGAAACAAGCCUGGAGACAGAGAACAUCCCCAGGGGUUUAAACAGAGUCAACGCAGCAGGAGAGACCCUCCUCCACAGAGCUUGCAAGAGGAACCAAGUGGAAACAGUACUUCAGAUCCUGGCGCUUCCUGGCACGGAUGUCAAUGUUAAAGACCACGUAGGCUGGACGCCUCUGCAUGAAGCGUGCAACCAUGGCAGCACUGCGUGUGUGGAGGCUUUGCUACGUCACCAGCCUGCCCCUGUGCUCAAUAACCAGGUGGGUGGAAUCAGUCCACUGCACGACGCCCUGCUUAACGGACACAUGGACAUCGCCAAAAUGCUACUGGAGCAUGCAGGCUCAGCUCUCCUGCAGCAGACUGAUGGAGAUGGUCGGACACCCCUGGAUCUGGUCUCUGCUACAAGUGAGAGGGAGGAGCUCCUCCACAGCGCACAGGUCGGAGACUCGGACCUGAGAAACAGGGCAGUAACUCAGGUGUUGAACCUGCCCCUCCUGGAAGCCGGAUCCUCUUUGCUGGCUCACCUAAUUUUCUCCUACCAGCAAGAGAGGGGCCUGUUCGGCUGCGUGCAGCCCAGGGACAAAUCCCACAGCCUGGUCAGGGCCCUGGAAGCAUACUCCCUCCAAAAAGUGACUUUGGGCUGGACGGACCAGCGGGUAGUGAAGCUGGUGGAGGAUGCAGAGACACUGUUGGAGCUCAGCAGGGGGAGGUAUCUGGGGCAGGUGUCUCAGGCAGUGAAAGAGUGCAAAGGAGAGAAUAUACAGUUCCUAAUGGAGAUACUGGAAGAUCUUAAGUCACGGGGAGAAGCGCUAGUGGCUGACCUCUGACAGGAUCAACACACACAACACACUGAAAAGACUGAAUGCACAACUUGUGAUUAAAAUGUUAUCAGUUAUAUACAACUGUUCAUUAUAUGUUCAUACAAUUCACAAAGGCCUUAACAUGUCUACACAGGCAACAAACACCAUCUGGUCGGAUAUAUGCCAUGUGGCCUUCUAUCUUCCCUUUCAGGUAAAUGGGUAAGCGUGUGUUUUGGAAGUUACAUGUAUGUUCAUUUCUACAGAGAAACCAUUUUAAAACGACAUAAAUAUCUAUAAAUAUAUAUAUAUAUAUAUAUCACACACAUACACCUGGUUUUAGUUUAAAAUACUUCAUACUUGGCAGGAAGAAUGUAUUUAUGUUGAAUGUUCACACAGUUGCACAUUUUUAGGGCAACACUAACAUUUCUGUUACACUACUACCUCACGUUCUUGUUUUCUACGGCUACUUAAUGUUCAAAGAUAAAAAUAUUUUAAUUUA